GUUUUAUUUUGAUAUUAAAAUUAAUUUUUAUAUUAUUUUAGAAUUAAAAGGAUUUUAAAAUAUACAUAAUUUAUCUUAUACUUUUUCGUAUCGACGAUAUAAAAGUACUUGGGAUCAACUCUUUAUUUUAAAGAUUUAUUAAACUACUACUCGAAAAUGAAGUUUAUACUCGUAGCGAUGAUAUUAGUGGUGAAUGUUUACUCUUACCCUUGUCAAAUGCUAGAAAUUUCACCGCAAUCAAAAAGUGACAGAAGCAGAUAUUUGGCAUUAGAUACCUCAAAUGGUUAUCCAAUGUAUAUUCUAAUGCCCGAAAUAGCUUUAUCCGGGUUGGGUUCUCGAAAUUACCCAUAUUUAAAACGAAAAUGGGAUGAAUUCCAAUCUUGGGGGAAGAGAGCUGAUUGGAAUAAGCUGAAUUCUUGGGGUAGACGCAAAAGAUCGUUGAUAUUCAAUAAGUCCUCGAAUAAAAAUUUCCCAGGGGAAAGCAAUAUUGGAUCUUCCUUCCUGCUUCAGCCCUGGACUAAAAAAGAGAAAUGGACUGCCCUUAGUAGUUGGGGAAAACGAGAUUCAGAUGCGGAGAAUAAAGGAAUGCUAUUGGUUCUAAAUAUGCCAUAUAAGAAUCUAGAUUACGAUGACCAAAGUCCUCAUAUGAUAAACAUUGAUGAAAAUAACAAUUUGAAGAGAGGCUGGAACAGUCUUAAUUCAUGGGGGAAACGGGUUAAAGACCCUCAAAUGGAAAUGGGCAAUAAUGAUAAUGGAAAUAACUUAUGGGAAAAGAGACCAGAUGAUUGGAGAGAGUUUCACACAUGGGGUAAACGCAAAUUCUGACCUAAAUAAUAUGAUUUUCAAUUUGCAAUUUAUUUAAUAAUCUAUCGAUGUGUUGUUCACGCUAAAUGUAUGUCUUUUUGGCUAAAGUUGUUAAAUUUAUAAUAUAAGCACAAACUAUUUGUAAAAGUUAUUUAUAUCGGUUAAAGAUUCUUUGUUAUUAU